GUUUCCAUGGAUGUUCUGUGGAGAAGACAGUCUACAGCGGGAGUGCCUCGUUGAUUUCAAAAUGCAGGAAUUCUUCCUAGGUAGCUAUUAAAUGUAUGUAAGUACAUUGCAGGAGGCAGAGUUUCUUGCAUGUGAAUUCUUGACUACCUUAUUCUUGCAAAGUUUCUUGCCCGCUCCGUGUUUGCGCAGUCUGUUCUCAGUAAGUACAGAAGAUAAGUUGGGAAAACUUCUGUGGUCAAGCCAGCUUUAUGCGUAGGCCUCAGUCUCACAGAGCAAACUCGCUUAGAAGUUGCUGCAAGGUUCUCACAGCAGGACAUUUUGUAGAGCGUUGUCCGUAGUAGGUUGUACUGGUGUUGUGGAGAUGAACUGUAACUUUCUCUGAGUAAUCUGUAGGGCUUUUGCUACAAAAGCUGAACAUCUUAGAAGACAGCUAAAGUUUUGAACUGUCAUUACAAGCGGGCUUACGUUUUCGUAUAUGAUCAGAGAAGUCUCGUGUGGAAAAGGCAGUAACGAAGUUUGAACUGUCUGACAUAUAAAGUAGACUCGGCAUUUGACAAGCAGCAAGCAUGCCUUGGUGGUUAAUUUUUAUGAUCGCUGGAUUGAGUUUUGGCGCGUUUCUCUCAAUCCUUCUAGCCGUCCUCUCGUGGCUCCUUUACCCAAAGCCGCUCGCGUUCACUGGCAAGCAUGUGCUGGUGACUGGCGGGUCAAAGGGCCUUGGCCUUGAGUGGGCCAUCCAGAGCGCACAAGACGGCGCCAGGUGUAUCUCCCUCAUUGGUCGUGACAAGGCCAGGCUGCAAGCGGCCACCGAGCGAGUUCGGAGCCUUGCACCGGAGGCCAUUGUGUCUGCUUACUCCGCUGAUGUCAGCGAUGAGGAGGGGAUCUCCCAGGCAGUUGCUGAGGCGGAGGCGGUGGGGGGGACAAUUGACGUCCUGAUCGCAAAUGCAGGAACGCUCGAGGUGUCGAAGUUGGAGUCCCACUCGCCAACCACCGCCCGGCGGCUUCUGGAUGUCAACAUCGUCGGGACGCUCAACACCAUUCAGGCGGCGCUGCCCAAGAUGAAGAUCAAGGACACCAAGCCCGGCAGCGAUGGAUUCCGCUCGAUCGUUCUGGUGGGCGCCCUCGAGUCGUUCAUUCCGUCGUUCGAGCACGGGAUUUAUGCUGCAUCCAAGUACGCUGUGCGCGCGCUCGCCGAGACUCUGCACGUGGAGCUGGGGCCGUACCCGCACAUCCGGGUGUCGCUCUUCUGCCCCAGCCGGGCCGCCACAGAUCUACAGGGAGUUGAAGAGACGAGCAACUACAGCGACGUGAUGCGCGCCGGGCUCGGGAAGCGCGGCGCCGUGACGUACCAGUCGCCGGCAAAGGCCGUUUCCGAGGGGAUCAAGUCGCUCAAGAUGGGCCGCUUCGCGAUCACCACGCGCUACGGCGCAUACUGGUUCCGGGUUUUAGGGUUUGGGGCGAUGCCGCAGCCGUCGCUCUUUUCGGUCAUCUUUGAGGGGAUAUUCAUGGCCGUGUUUCGGAUUCUGAGUGUGAUCUUUGUGGUCCCUGCGUGGCGGAAAGGCGUCGUGAAGCUUUGGAAGAAUAACGGCGAGGAGAUGGUGGGGCUCAAGCACUCAGCGGCUCCAGAGUCCGUAGUGUAGGGAACAUGGCCAUGACCAGCGUUGCGCGAGAAGCGACGGCACUGCGCGGUUGCGACGGACGGUUGCGAACGUAGGUUGACUUGCCAUUAGACGCCUAUAGUGAUUCAUUUGCGCGCGCAUUUACCGGAAGCAGGGUAAUGAAAGGUGUGUAAAGCUCAAUGCCGUGAUGUGAAAUAAAGGACUGUCUUUUACGGAAAGUCGAGUGAGUCGUACAGCUUCCUUUUGACCAAAACAUAUUUCUCAGUACUUUUGUCUCUUAGCGACUGCAUCAAAAUACAUCCUGGUAGCUGAGAAUGAUGAUUGGAGUUUUGAUGACGGUAUGUGCCUUUAACGGAUGAUCGGAUCCUUUUCUUGGCCUCCAG